ACACACAGCCAACUAGAGCGAGUCGCAUCGGAGCGCGUUUGUCAUUCGCACACGGAGUGCAGCUCUUCUCUCGCUUCUUCUUCUCAUUGUGUUUUGUGUCCGAGUCAGUCCGCCCAAGCGCUCUACAAGCCCCCCUCUCCACAAGUUAACAAAAUGGUAUCUAUCAUUUCAGACUUGGAUCCCCUGAAAAGCUGGAACGUUUUAAGGCAGGACGCUAGUGAGCUCUCUGGGACUAUACAAAGCAACGGCACGGCUGGGAAGAUGAACGGGGCGCUGGAGCACUCUGACCAGCCUGACCCGGACGCCAUCAAGAUGUUCGUGGGCCAGAUCCCGCGCUCCUGGUCAGAGAAGGAGCUGAAGGAGCUGUUUGAGCCCUACGGAGCCGUCUACCAGAUCAACAUCCUGAGGGACCGCAGCCAGAACCCUCCACAGAGCAAAGGGUGCUGUUUUGUCACGUUUUACACAAGAAAAGCUGCCUUGGAGGCUCAGAAUGCACUGCACAACAUAAAGACCUUAACCGGGAUGCACCAUCCUAUUCAGAUGAAGCCUGCAGACAGCGAGAAAUCAAAUGCUGUGGAGGACAGGAAGUUGUUCAUCGGCAUGGUGUCGAAAAAGUGCAAUGAGAACGACGUGAGGGUCAUGUUCUCCGCCUUCGGACAGAUCGAGGAGUGCCGGAUCCUGCGCGGACCCGACGGGCUCAGCAGAGGCUGUGCGUUUGUCACGUUUUCAACCAGAGCCAUGGCACAGAAUGCAAUCAAAGCCAUGCAUCAGUCCCAAACCAUGGAGGGUUGCUCCUCUCCGAUCGUGGUCAAGUUCGCCGACACCCAGAAGGACAAGGAGCAGCGUCGGCUCCAGCAGCAGCUGGCCCAGCAGAUGCAGCAGCUAAACUCCGCCUCCGCCUGGGGUAGCCUCACCGGAUUGGGCGGCCUCACCCCGCAGUAUCUGGCACUCCUCCAGCAGGCCACAUCCUCCAGCAGCUUGGGAGCAUUUAGUGGGAUCCAGCAGAUGGCUGGUAUGAACGCUCUGCAGUUGCAGAACCUAGCCACGUUAGCUGCCGCGUCGCCGCAAGCAGCAACGGCCAGCUCGGCCUCCACCCUGGCCUCCUCUGGGGGCUCUCUGGGAGCGCUGGCCAGCCCAGCAGCUGGUACCACGGCUACGUCCAGUGCAGGGGCCAUGGGCUCACUGGGCUCCCUGGGCACCCUGCAGGGCCUGGCGGGAGCCACCGUGGGCCUCAACAACAUCAACGCACUAGCAGGUAGUGUCAACAGUAUGGCGGCGCUCAAUGGCGGACUUGGCGCAGGACUGACCAACGGCUCAGCCGGACCCAUGGACGCGCUCACGCAGGCUUACUCAGGGAUCCAGCAGUACGCCGCUGCCGCCCUGCCGACCCUCUAUAGCCAGUCUCUGCUGCAGCAACAGAGUGCAGCCGGCAGCCAGAAAGAGGGUGUGUAUUCGGGAUUUCGCUAUAUACCCUGGCUGCAGCAACAGAACACCGACGACAGCCAGAAAGAAGGUCCUGAAGGCGCCAACCUGUUCAUCUAUCACCUUCCCCAGGAGUUUGGGGACCAGGACAUCCUGCAGAUGUUCAUGCCUUUCGGGAAUGUAGUCUCCGCCAAAGUCUUCAUCGACAAACAAACCAAUCUGAGCAAGUGCUUCGGCUUCGUGAGCUAUGACAACCCAGUGUCGGCCCAGGCAGCCAUCCAGGCGAUGAACGGCUUCCAGAUCGGCAUGAAGCGCCUCAAAGUGCAGCUCAAGCGCUCCAAGAAUGACAGCAAACCGUACUGAUGGCUAGCGCUAGGGCUAAAGCUGUCUGUUAGCACUGCUAGGACUCAUCAACUCCAUGCCCGUUAGCACUUCUGCGUUAGCAUGUCUUCGUGGCCCUCCUCCGUCAUUGUUUCUGAUGUCUUUCUGAGUUCCACCUGAUCAUAACCUGGUCUUCUUCUGCUGACCUUUCAACUUUGAACCUUAGCUUGACCUCUUUGGGAAAAAAAGAACAAAAAUAUAUUAUAUAUGCACAAACACACCAGUUUUUUGCAUGUGACCUCAUUUAGGCUUCUUGUCGUUUUUUUUCCCCUUUCUUUUGUGUCAUUUUUUAAAGUAUGAAUUGGAGGGAAGGGGGAGGGAGGGGGAAAGUGGAUGGGGGGGAUAAAUUAAUUCAUCAAUGUGAAAAACAAAUGCCUAGCUGCAUUCACACGAAAGACUGAAAACUGCUUCUACGACGAGUACAUUAUACCACAUACAAAAGUUAUUACAAGUGACGAAAAGCAAAUCCUGUGGCAACAUAAUUUCAGAUUGUUUUCUUUCUUUCCGUUCUAUUUUGUGUGAUUUACAUUUUUUUUUUUUUAAAUCAUCUUUAGUUUCAUAAUUUUCCUGUUAGCAGUUUUAUUUUUCUUAUUUUCAUUUUAUAUUUUUAUUUUUUAUGCUUAAAGUAAACUUGAACGUUUUAAUACAGAGGUUUGGCAGGGGUCUCCACCCCCCAGUCUCACCCCUGCAAAACCAUAGGAGACUGGGUUGCCUAUGCCCACUCCUAUGGAAACUAGACUACUUCCAAGCAUUUUCAUUUUUUUUUUCUUUUUUUAAGCUGAAAGGGUUUGGGGUUACUGUCUAACAGACGCGUUUUCUCUCCAGUCUCCGUCUCUCUCCAGGAGUCUCGUUCAUGGUUUCCUACAUUUUUCAGGCAGUGUAAAGUUUUUUGAUAAGUAAGGAGGCCAUUUUACAUGGCUUGGUUUUCUCAUUUUAAACAAGUGGGGGAAAAAACAAAAGUUAUAUAUAGAACCACUUUUUUCUAGAGUAGAGGAGUAAAAAAAGGUUAUUAAAAUGAAAAAAAAAAAACAUGUUAAAAAAGACUCACCCUGUUUCGGGUAGGGGUGUAUGCUACCUACGUAUGUAUGUCACCUUUUUUGCUGACCUGACCUACAGUUGGACAAUCCAUGGUUAAAAUGCACACGAAAUGACCUAUAUUUUAUACUACUCAGAUGUACAGAGGUUACAAAAAACAAGAGAGAAAGAGAGUGAUGAAGAAAGGAUAUGAAGAAGAUGAAAAUAAAUAAAUAAAUAAAUAAAUAAAUACAUUUUAGAAGAAAAAAAACAAAGUUUGUGUUAACCCACGUCAGCGUCCGGUGCUUCACGUGAACCCAGCCGUGAUGUCAUCACUCAGUCUUACAGUCUGUAAAUGUCAAAUGUUUUUUGGAAAGAGAAGACUAACAAAAAAUCAGCUUACUUGAACAAUAGACAAAGCCUUUCAUAAUACUAAUUAUUAUGAUUAUUAUUAUUACUAUUAUGAUUAUUAUGAUUAUUACUGCCUCUCCUGCAGUAUAAUUGUUCUUUUUUUAAGUCCCUAUUUGCUAAAAGUUUUCUCGUUGAGUCAUAAAUUAGCUACAUAAAAUUUUUGAGAAAAUAUACAUUAUAUUAUAAACAAUGUCAGCUUGUGAAUCAUCAGUGUAUGUGUGAUCAGAUCUUGUUUAAUUAUUUUAUUUCUAUUUUCUUUGUUUGUUUUUUGACUCUAUUGUUAGGAAAAAACAAUAUUUAGGAGUGUUUUUUGUUGUUCGGCAAAAAAAACAAAACAAAUGUGAUUUAAAUGUUUUUGAUUACUUGUUUAUUUUUGUUUUAUUUUCUUUUUUUCGAAAAAGAAGUCUUGAGUGGAGUUGUUAGUGCCAAACUCUGAAGGUACAGUACUUCUUGCCUGGAGCCUCUGUUCUGUAAUAAUCGUGAAAUUAUUUGAUAACAUGGGUAUUUCAUUGCCUUUGUGCUUUCUAUGGAUCCCACAUAUUUAAUGACAUGGAUCUGAAAAAAAGACAAAAAAAAUUAUGGUUGUUAACUUGCUAUUCUGUGGUCUUGUUGCCUGAAAAAAUGUCAUGUUAAUUAGUUUAUUUGCCGUCGUUUGUUUCUCGCUUUUGUGUAAAGAUGUAUAAAGUGCCCAUGUGUCAUACGUUCUGAACAUGCUCGACAGCAGACACUUUCACUCACACACACACACACACACACACACACUUACAUACACACACGUGCACACGCAGACAAAAAAAGCAGACCUCACAGCUCUUGUUUCUGAUGAUAGGUAUGGGAGACCCAUAAGGUGAGAGUCUCAGCAGUGGCCAUUCAACACACACACACACACACAGACAAAGGA